CUGGUCUUGAAGUCGUGCAAGUUGGGUUGAUAUAAAAUUACACUUCAUCUUUAAUCCAGCAACUCAUUGAAAUAUACCACUGCGGUAUUUAGUCUCGGCCAUAAUGAGGCUGUCACGAAUCGAGUUGAAUUGAAGAUCAUAUAUCUGGCCAAAGAAAAUUCACUACUGGGGCUUCGGGCAUUCCCCCCCUGUUCUGAGUUGUAUCUCUCAAGCACGGCUAUGGCAACCGCACAAGUCAAUAAUGGCUUUCCCUGACAAGCCCAUUGCGCACCUAUUGGGCUCAAACGGCGCCGUCCACGCCGUCACAUAUUCCGCCUCUCCAGGGACCUAUAUCCUAACCGGCUCCUCAGACCGUUCCAUCAGGCUCUACAAUCCCCAACCUAACACCUCUAUCUACCCCUCCUCCUCCAACUCCUCAUACAUCACCGCUAAAAUCCCUUCAUCACCACCUUCCAUCCCCGAAGGCCGCCUGAUCCAAACCUACUCCGCGCACGGCUACGAAGUCCUCUCCCUAACCGUCUCCUCCGACAACGCGCGCUUCGCCUCCUCGGGGGGCGACCGCACCGUCUUCCUGUGGGACGUAACGACAGCCAAGACAAUCCGGCGUUUCGGCGGCAACGCGCAAAGUCACAGCGCGCGCAUCAAUGCCGUCGCUUUAGCGGGCGAGGACGACAGCCUCAUCGUAAGCGGGAGCCUGGAUGCGAGCGUGCGGCUCUGGGAUUGCAAGAGCACCUCGUUCAAGCCGGUACAGGUGCUCACCGAGGCGCGGGACGCUAUCUCGGCGGUGGUGGUGCGGGGGCCUGAGAUUCUGGCCGGUAGCGUGGACGGGAGGGUGAGGAGCUACGAUGUGCGAAUGGGAAGGUGCGUGACGGAUGUGCAGGGGCCGAGCGUGACGAGUCUUUGUUUAACCAAAGACGGAAAGGCGGUCUUGGUGGGGAGUUUGGAUAGUAAGGUGCGGUUAAUGGAUCGGGAGAGCGGGGGUUGCCUGAAGACGUAUGCCGACCCGGGGAGGAAGAAUGAGGAUUUACGUAUGCAGGCUAUUUUGGGAGGCAAGGACCAGUAUGUCCUAGCCGGUGAUGAGAUGAAUGGCAAACCGGAGCAGAACGGAGACGGCAAGCUGUGGGCUUGGGAUGUCGUGACUGGAGAGGUGAAAGCAAAGGUCAAUGUCCCCUGGGGUCCUGCCGGAGCGGAGACACGAAAGAAGCUUAUAGGGAAGGAUGGCAAAGAAAAGGAGCGCAAUAACGUUGUUAGCUGCAUGGCCUGGCGAGAGCAUGGCUUCGGAGAUCAAUACUGUGUAGGCGGAACGUCUGGUGCCGUCACCGUCUUCGGAUAUCAAUAAUAGAAUAGAUACAGCCGAACCGAGUCACACAGACUGGGCCAAGGCCAUUUGAGCAUCU